GUGGGCUCUGCACAAUGACUACAACAAUUUCAACUGGUUUCUAUUCAUGAAGCUGAAUCGGUGGGUCGACUGGUCGCAGGUACUACUGUCAGUUACAGCCGCAGUCCUCACUUACUGCUCUGUGAUGAUGAUAAUCGCUCUGGUUCACCUGACUGUGGGACUGCAGUUGUAUUUACACUGGAUCCACAAGGCUAUAGUGUUGAUCCUGGUAUUGUCGAUCCUGAUGGUGAUUCUCAGUGUUGGGGUUAAGUGGAAGCACGGCUGGAGCACGAUUCUUAUUUCAUUCCAAGUUACAGGUCCGUUCCUGCACAUCGGGGCGGUCGUCGCAGUCACAGCUCUGGCUUGGGUCGUCAUUGGUUUUGUGUUUCAAGCCACGAAAGUUUUACGUAUAUUUAGCUGUGUUCUGUACCUGGGAGUGGUGAUCAGCCUUUACCUCAUUCCUCUCGCAAUCUCUUCUCCUUGCAUCAUUGAGAAGGAGGCUUUGGGACCCAGACCAGCCAUGAUGGGACACCGAGGAGCACCCAUGUUGGCUCCAGAGAACACGCUGAUGUCUUUUCAGGAGACGGUGACAUGUGGAGCCAAAGUGUUUGAGUCUGAUGUGCAGAUCAGCUAUGAUGGAGUCCCCUUUCUGAUGCAUGACACCACCCUACGCAGGACCACCAAUGUGGUUGCCGUGUUUCCAGAGAGAGCAGGAGACAACGCCUCAAUGUUCACAUGGGCCGAGUUGCAACAGCUCAAUGCGGGAGAGUGGUUUCUGCAGAAAGACCCGUUCAACACCGUGCAGUCCCUGACUCUGGAAGCCCAGAGAAGAGCUGCCAACCAGAGCAUUUGCUCUUUGGCUCAGUUGCUGGAAUUGGCUAAAACCGAGAACAGGGCCGUAAUGUUUGACCUGCAGUCUCCGGAAACUGCCUCUCACCCGUUCCUUAACAUCACGCUUAACAUUAUCCUGGACACCAUCCUCAACUCUUCCAUCCCUCACCAUCUGAUCCUAUGGCUGUCUGACAGCAAGGACAGCGUACCCUAUGACUUCCAACAAGUCCUAAAAGACACACCAGCUCCAGAGACACAAGAUGGGAACCGCACCCUCAUUAACCUUCAAUACAGCAACAUCAGCUACACACAAAUACGGCAGUACACAGAGAGAAACAUCACUGUAAACCUCUUUGUGGUGAAUGAACCCUGGCUCUUCUCUGUGCUGUGGUGUGCCAACGUGCUGUCAGUCACCACUGAUGCCUGCCACAUCUUCCAGGAGAUGUCUCAGCCAGUGUGGCGCAUGGAUCCUGACAUCUAUUUAAAAGUAUUGGUCUGCACUGAUGUCACCUCGUUUCUCCUUAUUCUGGGAAUGUUCUUCAUCCACAGGUGGAGAUAUGGAAUGCGCCAUACAGCAACACUCACUAGGCAAACAGAGAUGAUGGACACUCUAAUGUGAGAAGGCAGUACAACUCUGCAACAGUUUCCCCAAAUCCCUAUAUAUUACCUUGCUCCUUCUCUCAUUGCAUUUAAAAUUCUCUUGAUGACUGCAUUGGAUCAACACUCUCAAUUGCUGCCUCCUUUCUCGCUGAUCUCCAUUAUCAUUUUGAAACUCUUCUGAGAUAUAUAUGUGAAGGCCAUAAUAUGCAAGUGUUGACUCCUUCAUUCCAAUCCUUCUCAAGUGAAAUUAGCUAGAAUUUGUUUCAUGGCUAUAUUUUAUAUACUUUUAGUAUUUUAUAUGCCUUCUCCAGCGCUUUGGGAUGUCCUCCCGAC